AUGGAUCCUGAUGGCAUUCAAGUUAAUCUUGAGUCACAGUCUGUUUCUUCAUUAGGCACACAUGAAGAUGAUGAUAAUGUGAUUGAGCUAGAAGAAUUAAAAGUUGAUGGAACUUCAAAAAUGGAUAGUAAAGGAAAGCGCAAGAGGAAGUUAACUUCACAAGUGUGGAUGUUUUUUGAUAAACUAAUAGAGAAAUCGGUGGAUGGAAAGCAAAGAAAAGACAUUGCUGAUAUUGGACAAUUGUUGUUGAACAAAGAUAUGUCAAUGAGGUGCACCAAAUUUGAUCCUGAUAAGUUUAGAGAGCUGGUUGUGGCUGCCAUUGUUAUGCAUGAUUUGCCAUUGUCCUUUGUUGAGUAUGUUGGUGUUAGGGCAUUUUGUUCUUACCUUAAUCCUAAUGCUACACUUGUCUCUAGAAAUACUUUGAAGUCUGAUUUGCUAAAAAUGUAUAAGAAGGAGAAGGAUAAGCUGAAAUGUGUACUUAAAGAGGCACCAGGAAGGUUGUGUUUGACUUCUGAUUUGUGGACUUCUAUCACUACAGAUGGGUAUAUUGCUGUUACUGUCCAUUUUAUUGAUAAUGAUUGGGUUUUGCAGAAAAAAAUAUUGAAUUUUUCUUUUAUGCCACCUCCACAUAGUGGUGUAGCUUUGAGUGAAAAGGUUGGUUUGAUUUUAGAAUCAGAUUGGGGAAUAGAGAAGAAAAUAUUUUGUGUUACUUUGGACAAUGCUUCAGCUAAUGAUGUUUUUGUUAGCUUAUUGAAAAAGAAUUUGAACUUAAAAAAGCCAUUUGUCUGUAAAGGAGAAUUUUUUCAUCUUAGAUGUCGUGCUCAUGUUUUGAAUUUGGUGGUGCAAGAGGGAUUGAAAGAAAUUGAUGAUUCUAUUCACAAAGUUAGGGAAAGUAUUAAGUAUGUUAGAGGAUCCCAAGUGAGAAAACAGAAAUUUUUAGAAUGUGUGAAGUUUUUGUCUUUGAAUGCUAAGAAGGGUUUGAGACAAGAUGUUCCUACAAGGUGGAAUUCUACUUAUCUUAUGCUUGAGAGUGCUCUUUUCUACAGACGGGCCUUCAACCACUUAGAAAUAAGUGAUUCAAAUUAUAAGAAUUGUCCAUCUCAAUUUGAAUGGGAUAGAGUUAAGAAAAUCAGCAGUUUCUUGAGUGUCUUUUAUGACAUUACUUGUGUGUUUUCGGGGAUAAAGUAUCCUACUGCUAACUUGUACUUUCCUUCUGUCUUUACGGCAUACAUGAUGUUGAAAGAGCACAUGGAUUCAGAAGAUGUGUACUUGAAAAAUAUGGCUAAUUUGAUGAUGGCAAAGUUUGAAAAAUAUUGGUCUGAAUUUAGUAUGAUUUUAGCCAUUGCAGUGAUACUAGAUCCCCGAUACAAACUUCAAUUUGUGAAUUGGGCUUAUGAAAAAAUGUAUGGAGUUGACUCACCACAAUUUGACAAUGUCAGUUCAAAGUUGCAUGAAAUUUAUGAUGAGUACAAAGUGUCUCCGUCUCCUACUCCAACCUCUCAAAGCAAGGAUAGUGAUUCCAACCAAGAAGAGUCAUCAUUUAAAAAGGGUUUGUUUAAGCAAUUUGAUUCAUUUCGAAGUAAAGAUCAAACUCGAACUCAAAAAUCACAGUUGGACUUAUAUUUGGAAGAGGCAAGCAUUGAUAAAGAAGAAAAUUUGGAUAUUUUAUCUUAUUGGAAAGCAAAUCAAUAUCGGUAUCCAGAACUUGCUUUUAUGGCUCGAGAUAUUUUGAGUAUUCCUGUUUCCACAGUUGCUUCUGAGUCCACUUUCAGUACUGGUGGUCGAGUCCUUGAUCAGUAUUGA